AUGAGAAUACACCACCGUACUGCACUAUACCGGUUCUCGCAACUCAUCCUCCCGGGACCGCCCGUUCUCCUAACGGUCUCGGCAACCAUCCAGCCCGGGCCGCCCGUGUCUCUCAAGUGCUCUGCGGGCGGCAACCCCACACCCACGAUCACCUGGACCCUCGAUGGCCUUCCCAUCCCUCAGACAGAAAGGGUCGUCGUGGGGGAGCAGCUGGGGACGCGCUCGGAGGUCGUAAGUCACGUCAACGUCUCCCACACGCGAGUCGAGGACGGCGGCCGCUACGAGUGCGUGGCCACGAACCGCGCUGGGUCGACGGCGCACGCGGCCAACCUCAACAUCUACGGUUUCCCUGUAUCGCGCCCUUUGGCCUCAGUGACAGCCGUGUCUGAGGAGAAGCUGCACCUGCGCUGUCCUGUGGCGGGCUAUCCCCUCCACUCGUUCGCCUGGACGAAGGACGGCGUGAGUGUGGACUCCGACCCAGGCCGCAUUGUACAGGCAGAUGGGACGCUCGUGGUGGAGCACGUCAGACGGCCCGAAGACGCAGGUGUUUACACGUGUACAGCGUCGACCAAGCCCGGUCGGUCCGCCACGGGGUCUGUGCAGGUGUCAGUACGUGGGCCCAGUGACCCGCAGGCGGGUGCAGGCCACCCACUAACAGCUAAUGAGAGGGACCGCUGUCCUUCAGUCCCCCCAAAGAUAGCCCCGUUCGCGGCGCGCGAGUGGGUGGUGGCGGGCGAGCGCCUGACGCUGACGUGCACGGUGUCCCGAGGAGACGAGCCCCUGUCGCUCUCGUGGCUGUGGGACGGCGCGCCGCUGCCGCCGGGGCCGUCGCGCGCCGGGGCGCUCAAAGGUGCUCAUCCUCAACGCCUUCAACUCCGUGCUGACGGUGGAGCAGGUGGAGCAGCGCCACGCCGGGGUCUACACGUGCGUCGCCGCCAACGCCGCCGCCGAGGCCCGCCUGUCCUUCUCGCUGACCGUUCACGGUACCGUCCCGUCUUGCCCCUGGCUCGACCUCCUUCCUCAGCCCUUCAUCUGUGUCAUGACCGAGUUCUUAACCUUUGUGUUUUAUCUGCCCCCCCUACAGUUCCCCCUCGUAUUCAACCUUUUAAGUUUCAAGAGGGUUUGUCGGAAGGCAUGCGAACGCGUGUGGUUUGUGGCGUGAAUCAGGGUGAUGCUCCUCUAAAGCUGGAGUGGCUCAAGGACGGGCGGCCUCUCUCUCUGGGAGGGCCGCCCAACGUUCAGGUCAAGGUCAUAGACGCGUUCUCGAGUGUGCUGGCCAUGAGUUCCCUGACGGCGGCGCACUCGGGGCGCUACACGUGCGAGGCACACAACGCAGCGGCGGCGGUGCGCUUCACGGCCUCCCUCAGCGUCCACGGUAACGAAGCGCGCCGGGCUCCGUCCUGUCCGGCUCCGCGGCCUGGCCGUUUGGCCAGCUGGCCGCCCGGCCGCUGUGGCCCGGCCCAGCCUCAGCCGGCCAUGCUGCACUGCGGGCCAUCCCGCCUCAAGCACAAGUACACUAGUUUUGCCACAGCUUCCACGCCAGGGAGCCACGGGAAGAGUGUCCUUCACUCGGUGCCAACGCGUGCCCAAAGGCCCCCUUACCCUCCUCCACUCCACCGGUGUACUAACGACCUGGUUCCUCCUGCAGUGCCGCCGUCGUGGGUCCUGGAGCCGGUAGACACCAGGGUGAGCCGCGGACACGCCCUUGUGGUUGACUGCGUAGCGCGAGGUCACCCUGAGCCCUCCGUGACCUGGAAGAAAAAGGUCACCAGAGAAGGACAGAGCACCGGCUCAGACUCCUUCCGCAGCGUAGAGCUCGUGUCGCCCCGCGCCGUCCAGCUCUCCAACGGCUCCCUGUACAUCGCCCGCGCCGAGCCCGAGCACUCCGGGACCUACGUGUGCCAGGCGGCCAACUCCGUCACGCACCUGUCCACCACGAUCGCCAUCGCCGUGAAUUCCGCCCCGUACUUCACGAGCGGCAUGCCCUCCGUCGACGUGCGCGCGGGCGAGCUCGCCAACCUGGAGUGCCGCGUGCGGGGCGACCCUCCGCUCACCGUCACGUGGGCGCUCAGGGGCGCGUCGCUCCACCACUCCGCCAGGUACGAAGAGACGGUGAAGGUGACUCCGGGAGGCGAGACGAUAGCGAGGCUGACCGUGAGUUCUGCCGCCCAGUCAGACGCCGGGAUCUACACCUGCACCGCCCACAACGCCUACGGGAGGAAUUCCCACACGGUCCGCCUCAAUGUCCAUGAGCCCCCCUCCGCCCCCCGCGGCCUCCGCGUGGUGAGCGAAGGGUCGCGGGCGGUGCGCGUCUCGUGGGCGGCCCCCGACCCGCCGCCCACCUCGUACGUGGUGCAGUUCCGGCGCGCCCUCGAGGGCUGGGGCGAGGCGCGGGAGGUGUCCGUGUCGGGCGAGAGCGUGUCCGCGGGCGUGGAGGUGUCGCCGCUCCUGCCGGCCACCGACUACGUGGUGCGCCUCGUCGCCGUCAACCACCUGGGCAGGUCGCCGCCCUCGGAGGACCUGCGCCUCACCACGUCCGCCGAGAAGCCCGGCGCGCCCCCCAGGGACCUGCGGGCAGAGGCCACGGGGCCCAGGGAGGUCAGGGUCUCGUGGCGCCCCCCGCCCAGGGACCGCGCGUACGGCAUCAUCCUCGGCUACUACCUCGGCUACACGCCUGUGCUGUUGCAGAGCAGCGCCUCCGGCAGCCCCCAGUACAACUUCACGACGGUAGAGAGCUCGGAAGGCGGGCGUUCCGGGCCUGAGGGCGAAGGCACGUGGAGUGUGACGGUGAGCAGCCUCGACCCACACACCGACUACCACGUGGUCGUCCAAGCGUACAACACCGAGGGCGCGGGGCCCGCUUACCAGUGUAAGAACCGACACUCGCAAAACCCAAACCCAGAAUCAAACACAAUAAAAAGACAAAUAAACCAACUAAAUAAAUGCAUAAAAAUUCACUUACAACCAAAGCUAACACCCAGCCUCCUGUUCCUUCCAACAGCACCCGGCGGAGCUCCCCAGGAAGUGAGAUGCACAGGCCUUUCCUGGGACAGCGUGCAGAUCAGCUGGUCUCCUCCUGAGCCCCACCUUCAUCACGGCACGUUAAGGGGAUACAAGAUCGAGUACGAGCGGUGGGACGGCUGGAGCGAAGCCAUCAAGAAAUCGCAGACGACGGCGCAGACGGCGGUCCUUACGGGGCUGGAGGCAGCCACCAACUACAGCGUGCGGGUGAGGACGUUCACGGGCGCCGGCGAUGGGCCAUGGGCGGCGCCCGCACUCUGCACCACCGACGAGGACCUUCCCGGUCGACCUGGUAGCGUCAGGGGCGUGGUGUCAGGACCUGGUGCCUUCAUCGUGUCGUGGGCGCCGCCGAUAAGGCCUGGUGGGCGGAUUGUCUCCUAUACGGUUACUUGGAGGGUCGUGGGCGCACGUAUGGGCGGCGGACACGGGCGUGAAGGGAUCAUCACGGUCGCUGGCAGUGUGACGUGGGUGCAGGUGGACAACGUCCUGGGCAGCCUGGUGGAGGUGGAGGUGGUGGCGUCGACGCGCGUGGGCGAGGGGCCUCCUGGCGCCACCCGCGUCACCAUCACGAACACGGUCCCCGCCGCCAUCUACUCCCACUCCGCCUCCAUCCGGGCGGAGCGUGGGCGUGACGUGACCCUCCCCUGCGGCCACGUAGGGCAGCCGCGCCCGCACCUGGUCUGGAAGUACCAAGGGCGGCCCGUCGGCAGCGAGGGGCGCAUGGUGAAGGGCGACGGCGGCCUGGUGGUGCAGGAAGCGCAGAGGCUGGACUCGGGAAACUACACGUGCUCGGUCACCAACGAACACGGCACGGACCACAUCACGUAUUCCCUCACCGUCCUUGUGGCUCCAACCGCGCCCCUCGUGCUGGCCUCUUCCCUGUCCGAGCGCAGCGUCCUCGUCCAGUGGAAGCAAGGCGACAACGGCGGCGCUCCCAUCACGGGCUACACGCUGUACUACCGCAAAGACCACGGAGCCUGGACGCAAAUGCACGUGAACCGCCAUUCGAGCUCUUACACGCUUACCGGCCUCGAGUGCGGGUCGCGUUACCAUGUCUACGCCGUCGCCCACAACGCCGUUGGUUCGAGCACUGCUAGCACCAUGGCCGUCGUCAGGACAAUGGGCGGCGUCCCUCAGCCUCCGCCCUCCGUCCAGUUCUUCACACCCAACUCCUCGAGCGUCACGGUGUAUCCAAGGGCGUGGGUGGCUCGCGGCUGCCCGAUCACGCAUAUGGUGCUCGAAUACCGGCAGAAAGAUGACGAACAUUGGGUUCAAGUGUCGAGCGGAGGCCCCCAGGACAGCCGGGUCGAGAUCGGGGGCCUGAUGCCCUCCACGGCCUACUCGCUGCGUGUAACAGCCGUGGCCAGCGCUGGGUCGAAAAGCCAUACGUACUCCUUCACCACACUUACUGCAGCAGGAGAGCUUCCUCCCGCCUGGGUCGGAAGGGCUUCUCCCCAGUGGCUCUCCGUCAGGGUGCUCCUCCCGCUGCUCACUUCGGUGGUUGCUCUCGCCUCCUCCCUCGCCCUCGUCUGCUACUGCGUCAGGAGAAAAACGUCUCCCGUGGGCGGCGGCGACGGCGAUGGCGACGGCGACAGCGAGGGCACGGGCCGCGGCGCGAACACGGCAGCGAGGGACAACAAGCACAACCUGGCGCAGAGGGAGCAGUAUUACGCCACCAUCAGGAAGGCGCCCACGAGAGACCAGCAGCCCGACCGGGUGCCAGAAAAUGCAGAGGAUAUCUACCCGUACGCCACCUUCCAGCUACCCGAUCCAGCGCCCCCUGACCCGAACCACAUCCCCAUGUAUCCGAUUUACCAAACCCGCACAGAUAAGCAAAUGGAGAACUACGGCGAGGUGAAGCGCCGUGGCAGCCGCAGCCGCAACCAGCGCCGUAGCCGCAGCCGCAGCCGGAGUCGUGGCGGUGUGGCGGACAGUGGCGAGGACUACGAGACGCUCGGUUCGGACACGGAGACGGAGCACGGAGGGGUGUCGUCGCGCACGGAGUCGUCCAACCAGCUGGACGACAUCCCCUCCAUCCGGGACCACACGGUGUACGCCAGGGGCCCUGCCAACAAGGAGCCUCGCGACGCCGCUCUUUAUUCCAGGGACGCCUCGAGGGACGCCAGCAACCCGCCCUUCCAGCAAAGGAUCCACCACAACUUGCUGUACCACGCGGAGUCCAGCACGUCACCUGAACCUUCCCCUACCAAGGAGAGAAAGUCUUUUCCCCGCCGCACCAGAGCCAGGUACUCUCUCCGCCUCACUCGCUCGUCCCUGGCAUGCCACCAACACCUGUCGCCACCGUCAUCAGUCAUCAGCUUGUGUUUACGUUUUGUUUACGUUUUUGGUUGUUUUCGUUUUGUUAUGUUGCUUCUCCAGACUUCUUCUUGGUGUCUGACUUCACCCACGCCGUUGAUGUGUCUCCUGAAGCAAGAUUUAUAUAUGUUUUCCCUGCUUAUCGCCUCUGUAUUUCCUAGAUCCCCCGUUCAGGAUGAUCCAAAAGCGGUGUUUGUAUUGAUGGUACCCUGGGGUGGUGAGGACCUAGGUUCACGCCCCUGCCUCCUCCCCAGGUGUCGUGUGAUGGGGGAGGGCGAGGGGGGGAAGGCGGCCGUGGCGGCGCCCCCUACAGCCGUGCCCCCGGCGUACUCCGCGGCGGCCAGCCAGAGCUCAGGGCGCCCCAACCCAAGAGGUCCCAACCAAGACCCGCAGGAGGUGAGCGAGGCCGAGUGUGAUCGGGACAUCCUGCCUCCGCCGCGCCGCUACAGCGACGCCAAGUUCAAGAACCGCGUCCUUGACUACUCCAUCGCCGUCUGA